CAUUGAAUAGAGUUGAUGUUCAUUCACUGCUGGUUAAUGCAUCUGUGCUGCUGUCAACAUUUGAAGCACCACAGACGUCCAACUAAGGUCAUCGUGGGAGGGACGCAUGCAAGAUGGUGACCCUCGAGGACCAGAGUUUGACACCUGUGACUAGACAGAAAAUAGUCAAUGACGGGCUUAACGGAUCAGCUAGAAAUAGUGAAGGUUAGGGAUGAGGUGUUACGGUUAACCUUCCCCUCAUAUAAAUGCACUAACUGCUGUGGUUUGACGUCCCCAUUUAAGCGUGACUCAUUUAGAGUUGGACUUGUUUGCCGAGUUUUGUCCGACUUGUUUUCUGAGCACGCUGAUGUUUAUAGCCCCAACAGCGAAUGAUUCACAAUAAAGUGAAGAGAGCCACUCUCACCGGGCUUUUCUUGGCAUUUUAACCGCCUUCUGCUGGGAGAAUCAUCACUGCAUGAGCACGUCUUCAUAAGCAAGCAUAAUCAACUUAGUUAUGAUGGUCCAUUGUGUGCCUCAAGUCCCCCUUUGUGUGUGCAGGCAAGAUGACCCUGGGAAUUGUUGGGGCGAGGCCACUCCGUUGGGCUCUUCUCCUGUUUUGCGUGGUGAGCUUGUGCAGCCGGCGAGGGUCUGCUGGCAACCAAAGCUCGCGAGGCGAGACGGGGUCGUCGAAGGAGAGGACAGGGGCUUGCGAAGUGGUUGCCGCACAUCGUUGCUGCAACAAGAACAAGAUUGAAGAACGCUCUCAGACGGUCAAGUGUACCUGUUUCCAAGGACAUGUCGCGGGGACAACAAGGGCACUGCCCUCCUGCGUUGAAGCCUCCAUCGUGCGUCAGAAGUGGUGGUGUCAGAUGAAGCCAUGCGUGGAAGGGGAGGAGUGCCGAGUACUUCCUGACCUGACUGGCUGGUCAUGCAUCUCUGGGAACAAAGUGAAGACCACCAAGGUGGCACGGUAGCAAGGAAGAUGCUUCGUCCAAUCAGAGCAAAGCAGCUCAACUCAAGUAACUCUGGACCCUGGGGACUGAUGGUGCCGCAAAGAUUUGAACCUUUUUUUUUGUGUUCAAUUGCAUUUAGUCCUAUUGUGUGUACAAUCGAAAUAGAGAAAUGGCUCUUGUGUUUUGUGAAUUCCCUCAGUAAGGGCAUAUGCUGAGCAUACAUGCAUUCAGUCAAGGGGGUGAGAACGGCCUGUGGUCCCUGCUGAACAAAUGAAACUCUUUGUAUGUUCAGGAGGUGCAGCCAGUGGCCUGCAAAUCUCUCUGCUCAUUAAAAAAAGCACAAAUACCAGGAAAUGUAUUGCGUUUAUAAGAGUGAAAAAUGGAAUGGACUCACUGUGCGUUCCGAUCAAGAGGUCAGAUCCCUUUUGAUUGAGAAGAUGUACUCUCCAAAACACACACACACACACACACCUACACUCACACACACACACACACGCACGCAUGCACGCAGAAUGCAGGCAUUCCUGCGAUGCAAAACAAGGACCGUUUGAAAUGGUAAUCAUGCAGAGGAAAGCAACGAGGAGCUUCUUCACUGGUGAGGCUAUUUACAUUGCGCUUUUGUUUCUCUCACCAAACACUGUACUCCUGCAGAGGGGGUACCGCUUUUUGUAGUGGCCGCGAACUUUCAAGGUUUUUUUUUGCCUGGGAGAAAAGUGGAGCCACAAACAAAACGUUUGGUGUGAUUACCACUUCAGCUUCUUGAUGAAUAAUAUUAGCAUUGCCUUUGUUGUACCUCUGGAGUCCAGCCACUGUGUUUGCCUUUAAUUUGUCAAUGAUGAUAAUUCACAGUACUUCCAAUACACUGAUGGCAAACCUUCGACUUAAUUUAUUAGAUGACACAUUUUGAUCAGCUUUUCAAAUAAAUACUUCAUUUAAGGCUGAAUCAUUUCAAACCACUCUCCUCUAUGUCACUUGGUUGACGUUGAUUCAUCAGGUUUGGUGCACUUAUGACUAUCAACGACUGCUACAAUGGCUACUUAUGCCCCCUUACUUACUUAUUCUCCUUUCACAACAGCAUUUAGAAUCUAUGUCUUUGUUACAUCUCAGCUAGAUGACUGUAACCCCCUUUGUUUUGGAAAUAGGCAAUGCUCCCUCAAGCUUCUCCAUUUGGUACAGAAUGCUGCUGCUCGCCUCUUAGCUGGUGCUCCUAAGUGGGAGAACAUUACUCUAAUUCUGGCCUCACUUCACCAGCUCCCUGUACAUUUUAGAGUUCAUUUUAAUAUUCUUGUAUUGGUCUUUAAAUCUUGAAAUGGUCUCAUCCCACUUCAGCUCCCUGAGCUCCUCUGCCUCUAUGUAAGUGUGUGGUACCUCAGUUCAGCAGGUGUCGAUGUCAGGAGGACACCGGAGAUGGAGCUGUUUUCCCUUGCUGGUCCCUCCCGCUAAACGUUAUGCAUUCGCCCUCUUUAUCCACCUUUAAAACUCAUAUCAAGACACACUUUUAUCCCUUAGCUUUUGACUAUCAGGAGUUUCAAUACUUUAUUGUGUUUACUGUUUUGAUGUUAUUCAUUUAUGGAUUUACCGGUCUUUGGUUUUAUAUGUCUGAUGUUUACUUUAUGUACAGCACUUUGUAUGCAGCUGUGGUGGCAUGUGGAGUGGUCUAAAUAAAGUAAAAUAAAGUUCAGUUAUGUUAUAAUGUUUUAGUCUAUUGGUUCCUCCUCUUUAGUAGUUUUGAACCUACCCUUGGAGCGACAGACCGGUCCAGUGUUUCCCAGCCGUAAUGGAUGUCGAGAGAAAAAUGUUAAUCCUUCAGGAGACAAGAGCCAGGACAAGCACUUGGAGAAUAAUGGCAGAUACUAUUGUGCUUAAGGCAUGCACAAACCAGCUAGCAGACAUUUUCUCCAGGCUCUUUUACCUCUCACUGCUGCAAUCUGUACU